AUGGCCCCUCAGCGUAAUCCUCUCCCUUCAUUCGACCAGCUUCCCUUGCGCGAGGGCGACCCACCAAACUCGGCCUGGGGACUAUGGGGCGACGGACCAGACAGUGCGCUGGGAUCCCUGAACUAUCUGACCGAUGAGUUGGUGUUGAAGACAAUCAAGGAAGAGGUGAAAACCGGAGAGCGCAUUGGCCUAAAUCUGCCUCUGGAUCUAUUCAAUCCGCCACUUCUGGGACGAGCAGGUUUCGAGCAGAAGAUUAUCGACAAGAACCCGCUCGUAGUCAACGAUGACGUGAUUACUUUCAACACUCAAGGAAGUUCUCAAUGGGAUAGCCUGCGUCAUUUUGCUUAUCAGCAAGACAAGAAGUUCUAUAACGGGACCACUCAAGCCGAUAUCCACGCUUCUAGUCGCACAGAAAUCAAUGGUUUGCAGAGUUGGUGCUCGAAAGGGCUUGCGGGUCGGGGUGUAUUGAUUGACUAUGUGUCGUACGCAAAACGUCGCGGUAUCGAAGUGAAUCACUUCUCGGGUCACGCCAUCUCAGUGGAAGACGUGCUAGCCAUUGCUGAGGAGCAAGGAGUCGAGUUUCGCACCGGGGAUGUGCUUUUUCUGCGUACUGGCUAUGUUGCUGCCUACAAGACCCUAGAUGCAGAAGGCCGAGAGAGGGUCUCCAACGUGCGCGAAUGGUGCGGCCUAGGUCAGUCUCGAGGGACGACAGAGUGGCUCUGGAAGAGACAGUUUGCUGCCGUGGUGAGCGACUCGCCGGGAUUCGAAGUACGACCUCCGACAGACAAGACGUGGCAUCUUCACCCGAUCCUGCUGGCCGGAUGGGGUACACCACUAGGGGAACUGUUUGACCUAGACAAGUUGGUGGAGAUCUGUGCCAAAAAUAAGCGCUGGUCUUUCUUCUUUACGUCGGCACCGCUGAACUAUACUGGUGCUGUGGCUUCACCUCCAAACGCGACAGCUAUUUUGUGA